AUGUGGCGGCGAUUCUGCGUGCGGCGGGUGGCGGCGGUGCUUGCGCUGCAGCAGCGUGCGCCUUUGCGCCGUGGUCUUUUGUUGCGGCUCACGGGGUUGGUACUAUCGACGGGGCAUAUGGAACGGGGGUGGCGGGGACGAAUGGGGAUGGAAGAGGAGAGCGCUGAACAACUUGCCGCUGAGGUGAAGACCACGAGGAGUGAGUUACAGCUCAUGGCGGCAGAGGCAGACAUGCAGCAAACGGGCAGCGAGCGCAUUCCUGGGGUGGGCGAGAAGGAUUGGACGGAGCCCACUCUGGAGGAUCUGGAUCGCUCCAUUCCUCAGGUGGACUGUGCGUUUAUCGCCAACCUCAUCCGUGCCCGCACCGCGCGCCGGAAGGAGUUUUUGCAGAAGAAGACGAAAGUGAAUGCAAAGGUGGCCGCGUUAAGCAAACGCCAGGCGUCGUCGGUGUUGCAAGCUGUCAAGUUUCCUGUCCUAGGUGCAGGACGCGGCCGCGGUAACGUUGGCAGUAGUGAUGGCCUUACUGCAGUGACUGGUGGCAGCAACGGCGACGACGAGGAUGCCGUGGUGACGGCCUCACCGGAGGUUGUUGCGCAACUCACCGAUGAGGAGCGCGACGUCCUGCUCCACUCCCGGCCGGAGUACGAUGACGGCUUUGUGCUGCUUGACUGCCGCACUGUGAAUGAGGUAACAUCGUGGGGUAUGAUUGAGGGCGCCAAGCUGCUGCCGGCACACGAGAUGUUCGACGGCUUUCACCUGACACCGGAGGAGUUUGAGGUGGAGUUUGGUUUUACCAAGCCGCGUCCGGAGCAGAAGGUCAUAUGUUACUGCCAGUACGGCCCGCGCUCUCUGAUGGCGGCGCAGAUACUGACCUGGAUGGGCUACAUGAACGUGCUGCACUUCCGUGACGGAUACUACGAGUGGGGAAAGCAAUACAAUCUGCUGUUGCGCCGCUGGAGGCUGCACGGCAAGGAAUCUGGUAAUGAGGAUAGGAGAUAG